UUUGGAUAUGAUAAGCGGGUAAUGAUGCCAUAACUAGGACGUGAUCGACUUCUGCUCGAAAGUUGAGGAGAAACGAAAUGUCAGAGCAUCUCUCUAUCGCUCACAGUCGGCAGCCCUCCCUCCCUCUCUCUCUGUUUUUGGUGCCACAUCUCUCGUUUAUAAAUUUGAUGGAAGACUAGCUGCUGAUGCUGUGGUCUAAAACGUCUGUCUGAGCUGUUGUCGUUAAGCGUGGAAUUGAAUGGCUGGCUUAACCGAAGUGCUGCUUCCGUACAGAAUCAUGGAACAGGAUGCUUCAUCUUCAUCUUCUCAUUCGAGCCCGACGGACGCUGUCUCUUUCUUUGGGCUGUGUUUGGUGCUCGGAAUCGCUUGUAGGCACCUCCUGCGUGGGACCAGAGUCCCUUAUACAUUGGCCUUGCUCAUCCUCGGCAUUGGCCUCGGAUCCAUUGAAUAUGGUACUCACCAUCGAUUAGGGAAGAUUGGCGAUGGCAUUCGACUUUGGGCAAAUAUUGAUCCUGACCUUCUGUUGGCUGUUUUUCUUCCUGCACUUCUUUUUGAGAGCUCAUUUUCCAUGGAAGUGCACCAGAUAAAGAGGUGUCUUGCACAAAUGAUAUUCCUUGCUGGUCCAGGUGUUUUGAUUUCGACCUUCUGUCUUGGUUCUGCUUUGAAGUUCACUUUCCUAUACGACUGGAGUUGGAAAACAUCACUGUUGCUUGGGGGACUUCUGAGUGCCACGGAUCCUGUAGCUGUUGUUGCUUUAUUAAAAGAUCUUGGUGCCAGUAAAAAACUAACUACAAUAAUUGAAGGAGAAUCCAUGAUGAAUGAUGGGACAGCGAUUGUGGUUUAUCAGUUAUUCUAUCAAAUGGUCCUUGGAAAGAGCUUUAACUGGACCGCAAUAAUCAAAUUUCUGACCAAAGUCUCAGUUGGGGCUGUAGGCAUUGGUCUUGCUUUUGGAAUAAUCUCCGUUUUGUGGCUUGGGGUUAUUUUUAAUGACACGGUGAUCGAGAUUACACUAACACUUGCUGUGAGCUACAUUGCUUACUUCAUUGGUCAAGAGGGGGUUGAUGUUUCUGGUAUUUUGACAGUGAUGACUCUAGGAAUGUUCUAUGCUGCAUUUGCAAAGACUGCUUUCAAGGGUGAUGGCCAAAAAAGCUUGCAUCACUUUUGGGAAUUGGUUGCUUAUAUUGCUAAUACGUUAAUUUUUAUCUUGAGUGGUGUUAUUAUAGCUGAAGGCAUUCUUGAUGGAGAUGAUAAUUUCAAAAAUGCAUUGCCUGUUUUGGUUGGGCUACAUCUUUUGGUGCAGUUUGUCUUCUCUGUGCAGUUCUGGGUGCAGCUUCCUUGGUUUGCUGAUCUGGGUUCUUUCAUCUUUCAGCGCUUCCUUGCCCUUCUUGAGACUCAAUUCUCUGCUAGCAUCAAGAUCUUGCGAUGUAAUUCUGGAGGUGAAUACAUGUUUAAUGAGUUUCAGGCCUUUCUUCAAAGCAAAGGGAUCAUCUCUCAACGUACUUGUCCUUCGAUACGAGAACAAAAUAGUGUUGUUGAGAGGAAAAAUCGUCACCUUCUUGAUGUGCGUGCAAGUGAUAGCUCAACAGUACUUGAUUCGAAAACAGGAACUCUCUUUGUUUUCUUCACUGGUGGAAUCGUACUGUUGACACUUAUUGUGAAUGGUUCAACAACGCAGUUCAUUUUAAGCCUUUUACAUAUGGAUAAGCUAUUAGCUGCAAAGCACCGCAAACUGGGCUACACAAAGUACGAAAUGUUGAACAAAGCGAUAGAGGCUUUUGGUGAACUUGGAGAUGAUGAGGAACUUGGACCUGCUGACUGGCCUACCGUGAAAAGAUAUAUCACAAGCUUAAACAAUUUGGAAGGGGAAAGUGUGCACCCUAUUGGCGCCUCUGAAGAUGAUGAUAAUAACCUGUACCCGGCCAAUUUGAACGAUAUACGCAUACGCAUGUUGAAUGGUGUCCAAGCUGCCUACUGGGUUAUGCUGGAUGAAGGGAGGAUUACACAAACUACUGCAAACCUUUUGAUGCAGUCAGUGGAUGAAGCGCUUGACUUGGUUUCACAUGAGCCUUUAUGUGAUUGGAACGGUUUAAAAACUAACGUUAAAUUCCCAAGUUAUUACAAGCUGCUUCAAGUGGGCUUUGUCCCUCAAAAGUUGGCUUUGUAUUUAACAGUGGAAAGGUUGGAAUCUGCAUGUUAUAUAUGUGCUGCAUUUCUUCGUGCCCAUAGAAUGGCAAGAUGGCAACUACAUGACCUUUUAGGUGAAAGUGAUGUGGCUUCUAUAGUCAUCAAAGAAAGCGAGGCAGAAGGACAAGAAGCAAGAAAGUUCUUGGAAGAUGUUCGUGCAGCUUUUCCUCAGGUUUUACGGGUGGUGAAGACAAGACAAGUAACACAUUCAGUGCUGAAUCAUUUAAUAGAUUAUAUCCAAAAUUGUGAGAAGAUUGGGUUAUUGGAAGAGAAAGAGAUGCUACAUCUUCAUGAUGCUGUCCAGACUGACUUUAAAAAGCUUCUAAGGUGCCCUCCUUUAGUUAAGAUACCAAAAAUGAGUGAUUUGAUUAGUGUGCAUCCUUUAUUUGGGGCUCUCCCUUCUUCGGUCAGUGCCCCACUCCAAGGUUCUACCCAAGAAACAGUAAAGUUAUGUGGUUUGACACUUUACAAGGAAGGUUUCAAGCCAAAUGGUAUUUGGCUUAUUUCCAAUGGGGUGGUCAAGUGGACAAUUAAGAGCAUAAAAAACAAGCAUUCACUGCAUCCGGCUUUUACACAUGGGAGUACUUUGGGCCUAUAUGAAGUGCUAAGUGGGAAGUCUAACAUUUGUGACAUGAUCACAGAUUCUGUGGUUCUCUGUUUUUUUGUUGAAAGGGAGAAGAUACUUUCAGUCCUGAGUUUGGAUCCGUCAUUAGAAGAUUUUCUUUGGCAGGAAAGUGCUAUUGUUCUUGUUAAACUCUUGCUUCCUCAGAUAUUUGAAAAAAUUGCACUGCAAGAUUUGAGGGCUCUUGUUUCAGAACGAUCAAUAAUGAAGUUAUACAUAAGGGGAGAAACUAUAGAAGUUCCUCAGCAUUCUAUUGGUUUCUUAUUAGAAGGAUUUAUAAAAAUACAAGGGGCUGAAGAACUCGUUGCAUCACCUGCAGCUUUGUUGCCUUCACAUGGGAGUUUAAUUUUCGAAAGCCUCAAAUCGUCAGGUAUCACGGGAGCCAGUUUUUCAUAUCAAGGAUCCCGCUAUCAAGUAGAAACAAGAGCAAGAGUGAUAAUUUUUGACAUGGCAGCAUUUGAAGCAGACUGUACUCUCCAAAGGUCAUCCUGGAUAUCUCCUUCUGCUGAUCGCCCCCAUAGAUCCCUUGGCAGGGAACCUCGUGGUCUAAUGAGUUGGCCAGAAAACUUCUAUAAUCCUAGGCAACAUAACCAGAUCCCAGAAGGGAUUGACCGACAAGCUAACAGCUUGUCUGCAAAGGCAAUGCAUCUUAGCAUCUAUGGCAGUAUGGUAUGAUUGGAUUGAUAUGUUUUUUUGUGUCUGGAAGUUACUUCGUGAAAGAAAGGUCAAAUGAAUUUAUUUUCUUAGACUAGUUUUUGCACUUCAGAAUUUUCUAUUUUUCUCUAUCCUUUUCUUUUGGCUAUUAAAUAUUAGGGAAAUUUAAUAAAGUCCCUAGGUUUCACUAAUAAAGUCCCUGGGAUUAGCAACUUCUGAAAACAGGGCUGUUCCCACGACCCAUCAGCAAGGUAGGCUGAACAUCUCCACCCUUCAUAUGUGCUUUUGGGGGAACGAGAAAUAAAAUCCACCCCCCCCCCCCCCCCCCCCCCCCCCCCCAACAUGGUGGGACGGGUUACCUCAUUUUCACCCUGUGAAGGGCUUGGGUGGGGAAGGGUGCCAAAUCUGCAGAAUGGGGGGAAGUAUGAGCAUGGGAGUGGAAGAAUCCCAACUGCUUCCCCUCCCGAAUCUGCACAGGGUGGGCAGCGCAGGCAUUUCACGCUUCCCCUCCCACACCCAUUUGCAGGCAGUGGAAUUGGGGAACCCUCCCUCCAGCUGCACGGGGUGAGGGGAAAAGGUUCCACCCUCCACCCACAUGGGUAGAACAGUUCCUUCUUCGACCUGAUCGUGUGGGGGUGUAGAUGCGGGGAAACCACCACCCCUUGGGUCAUUGAUUGCAAGGCAAUGAUGAUUAUAUCUUAUACCAUCAACCUAAAAAAAAAAAAGGUGAUUGAUUACAUGUCGUGUUACAUGCCGCAUCAACUU